AUGUUGCUGUGGGAUUUGCAACUGAGGAGAAGGAUGAGUUGUAUGCGACGUCGUUUUAACCUCCUUUUCAGACUCACCAGUUUUCUUCUGUUAAUAUCGUCGCCGGCGACGACGACUGCCGGAGCUCGACAAGCAAGCAAGUUGCCGCUGACCGGGCUUUAUGUGUUCGGAGAUUCCACUGUCGAUCCCGGCAACAAUGACUACAUCAAAACCUCCACGCGGAGCAACUUUCCGCCGUACGGAAAAGAUUUUCCGUUCCACAUCCCUACCGGAAGGUUCAGCAAUGGCAGACUCGUCACAGACUUUAUAGUGUCGUAUUUGAAGAUAAAGGAGUUCGUACCGGCGUAUUUAGAUCCAACGGUGCGCCUGGAGGAUAUGGCGACGGGCGUUAGCUUUGCUUCCGCCGGCUCAGGAUUCGAUCCGACUACUGGUUCAAAUCAAAAUGUGCUUACACUGCGAAAACAACUGGAAUGUUUCAAAAAUUUCAAAGCAAGGCUAUCUCUCAAAAUCGGAGAACAGCAAACCGAAAAAGUCGUCAACAACGCCGCAUUCCUAAUCAGCACCGGCUCAAACGAUCUCUUCCACACAUACUUCGGCAUAAGACCGAUCCGACGGCAACAGUACACUAUCUCCGGCUACGUCAACUUCCUCGUGCAACACGCUCAACAAUUCAUAGAGGAGCUAAUGGAGGCUGGCGCUCGAACGAUCGUGUUCAGCGGUCUGAGCGCCUUGGGAUGCGCGCCGUCGGCCAUCACGAUUCGGUCCUCUCCGGAACGGCGAUGCGUGGAAUCGGUGCUGUCCAUCGCGCGGGAUUUCAAUCGAUUGGCGCUGGAGCGUUUGGUAGGUUUGAGGAGCGGGAUUGGGAAUGGAUCCAAAGUUUAUUAUUUUGACACAUAUACCCCUAUGUUGGAUUGGGUUCAUCACCCCAUCAAAUACGGGUUUGUGGAAGUGAACAAAGGGUGCUGUGGGACUGGAUACACAGAGUAUGGAAAUGCAUGCAAUAUAGCAGUUGGGGUCUGCGCAGAUGCCAAUAAGUAUGUGUUCUUUGACGCCGUACACCCAACCCAGGCUGCAUAUUAUUAUCUCUUCAGAUCUUCAAUCCCUCUAAUUAGUCAGAUCAUCUCCAACAAAUUUUUAAAUAAUUAA